AUCCCAAAUCGGAGGAAGGUUUCGCCGUCACCACUCACCAUGCACUACUCGCCACUCCACCAGAACUGUAGCUCCCUCUUCGCUGUGUGCUCACCGUUCUUCUUCCUCGCUAAACACUCACCACUCACCACUCACCACUCGAGAACCAUUGCUCCUCUUCGGUGCGUGCUUACAUCGGGAAGACUCUGUGGUCAGCAUCGUCGUCCCUUCGCUCACCAUUGUCGAGAAGGUGAAAUCGUACCCAACACUCCGUUCAAACAGGUGAGCUUGGCCACCACCAACCUUGCCCCAGGUUUCAGGAAGUUCUUAACUGGUGUCUGUUGCCACAACAAACAAUACAUCUGUCUUGUCCCUCACAUUUUAUUCAUCAUGAAUGAGGGGAUGCGUUACUAAGAUUUUUACCAAAACUUAGUUACCAGUUGAAGCCUUUCAGAGCCAUAUUCCAGUGUGCAUUUUCAUCAUUGUUUCACACUGCUAUCGCUGAUCAUUAUAGUGUGCAUUUUCAUCAUUGUUUCAUUGCUUUCACACUGCUAUCUAUAUGGAAUUAAAGCAGUAUAUAAUGGCCCAAACAAGAAAGAAGUAAUAUAAAAUACUUACUGAGGACCAAAGAAUUAUGUAUAGUCUCACCCAAAUUAAAGCCUAAAGAUUUGACUUUGUUAAUUAUUAGUUGCUUUGAAUUAUAUUAUUAGUUGCUUUGAAUUAUAAAGGAUUCUUUUCACAAUUGCUUCAGUGCCAUAUGUUCCUAAUUUGCAAUAAACAAGCUUUCCCUUCACCUUAUUUGGAUCUAAGGAACCUCAAAAGCAGUAUCUAUAUCUAUGCAUUAAUUAAAUUCUUCUUUGUCUAUAUGUUGACUUAUUUUGUUUAU